UGUGACAUAAAACCCCUGCCAUGAAGCCACUAAAACCCUUAUCCCAUACCCCCUCCCCCAAACAGUUAGGUAGCCUAACACCUAGCCAACUGAACAACACAGCCAAGGCCGAAAUGGAUCGCCUCUUUUUCACGAGAUGCGCCAAAGUGGGCAGCGAAUCGCUAACGGAGUUUAUGGAGCAUCUGCAGGAAAUCAACAACUUCCAAGUGGAUAAGUACGGAAUUAACAAGAAAUCGAAAAGGCAACUGAAACCACGGGCUCAGGCUGAGACAGCUGGUUAUAUCUAUAACCUGGACGAAGGAUCAGUUUACAUAGAGCACGUCCCUUGGAUCGAUUUCAACGAGUACAAUCUACCCAAGCCCAUCUUUAUCAACCUGGUUCGUGACCCCGUGGAGCGCAUGAUAAGCUGGUAUUACUACGUUAGGAACUCCUACCGGAAUGCCAUUUUCUACCGCAACAAUCCCCUGGCUCCUCUAAAGCCCACGGCCUGGUUCAAAAAGAGUUACAACGACUGCGUGAGGAGUGGUGACCCCGAAUGCCAGUAUGUUCCACUGGCAGUUCGCGAUGUGGAGGGAAACUUCAAAAGGCAGACAAUAUUCUUCUGCGGCCACGAUCAGGACUGUUUACCUUUCAAUUCUCCCCUGGCUGUUCAGAUAGCCAAACGUAGGGUCGAAACGGAAUACGCAGUGGUGGGAACUUGGGAAGAGACCAAUAUAACUCUAACCGUUUUGGAGCACUAUAUACCACGUUAUUUCGCUAGAGCUAAAAUGAUCUUUCACUUGUACCAAAAGUCCCUACAAAAUCGCAAUCGCAAUAACAGAAAGCCUCACGUGGAUGCAGAUGUCAGGGCGAUGGUCAGGAGGAAUUUCACCCAUGAGUACGACUUUUACUACUUCUGCAAACAGCGUCUUUAUAUGCAGUACAUAGCCCUUAAGCGCACCGAAUUGGAACGACUGAAUUUUUCCUGAAUUCGUAGACUGAACUUUAGAUUUUGACAUAGUUUUUCUGUAGCUCGUUAAUAAAGUACUCAAUAGUAAUGUUACUAACAUGUAGAAACCAUUUAGGCUUUUCUUGUGACAAGCUAAGACCAAUCCCAUCUAUACAAAUCGCAGCUUGCUUCGCUGAGCAGUGAAAAGCUGAACAACACUCGGCACUCCCGACUGGAGGUGCUCUUCUUCAAUCG